UAGAACUGCGUGUCCAUGGGAGGGACCUUCGAACUAGAGCAAGUCCUCUUUUGAAGAUUGCGUUUGUUAAGUGUUCGUGUUUAGAAGUUUAGUGGAGCUUCUUGAGCAAAACCAUCUUAAUUCUGUGCCAAGAAAGGUAGUUGUUACAUGAAGCGCUACAUUUGUGUGGCCUGCCGGCAACGAAAAGGAACCAUAUCUGGUCAAACUAUUCAGCUGUCACUAAGCGGGACCACGCUAUAAAUAGCUUGGAACAAGCAGCGCUGCUGGUUUUCCCACUAGGUGGUCUGGGCAGUCUGCUGCUGCCGGUGUUGUGCCAGAGGGGGAUUGGUUGCCAUUUAGUCCUGACUGGCCCUCCACUAGGCUACUACAGCCAUGGCAUUGAGGAAACAGAUGGAAAAGUAUCGGGAUGUGGAUGAAGAUGAGCUGCUGAAAAAACUAUCAGAAGAAGAGUUGCAAAGGCUAGAAGAUGAGUUGGAGGAGCUUGAUCCUGAUAAUGCUUUAUUGCCUGCUGGCUACAGACAGAAGGACCAGACCAAGAAAGCUCCUACUGGAAACUUCGAGAGAGAUAGUUUAUUGGCUCAUUUGGAGAAGCAAGCCAAAGAACAUCCAGACAGGGAGGACCUAGUUCCCUAUACUGGGGAAAAGAGAGGUAAAGCUUGGGUGCCUAAAAAGAAGGUGGUAGAUCCCAUCCUGGAUGACGUGACACUGGAGCCAGAACUGGAGGAAGCUUUGGCAAACGCCACUGAUGCUGAACUGUGUGACAUAGCUGCCAUUCUGGGAAUGCAUAAGCUGAUGAGUAAUCAGCAGUACUAUGAUUCCCUGGGCAGCAGCAAUAUCGUCAACAAACAGGGUCUAAACAGUGUUAUUCAGUGUGCCCAAUAUAAGCCAGUUCCUGAUGAGCAACCAAAUGACACUGAUGUUGAAGAAACACUUGAAAGGAUUCAGCGCAAUGACCCUGAUCUCAUAGAGGUCAACCUGAACAAUAUUAAGAACAUUCCUGUUCCGGUACUGAAGGCCUAUGCAGAGGCGCUAGCAGAGAACAGUGUUGUGGAACGCUUUAGCAUCGUGGGAACUAGAAGUAAUGAUCCUGUGGCUAAUGCCUUGGCAGAGAUGUUGAAAGUGAACACCACUCUGAAGAGUCUGAAUGUGGAGUCCAACUUCAUCACAGGGGCUGGCAUCCUGGCGCUCGUUGCAUCUCUGCAGUCAAACACUACGUUACUGGAACUCAAGAUCGACAAUCAGAGUCAGCCAUUGGGCAAUAAGGUGGAGAUGGAGAUCGCAAGUAUGCUUGAGAAGAACACCACACUAUUGAAGUUUGGCUACCAUUUCACCCAGCAAGGACCACGACUCCGUGGAUCGAAUGCUAUGAUGAGCAACAACGAUCUGGCACGAGUGAUCCGUUCAGAUUCGGAUGGUUCCUUUACCCUAACCUUGUCUGUACCAGAGCUGGAGAAGGCCUUUGGUAAAAAAUUCAAGAGCAAGAGCAAGAGCAAUAAGAAAGAGAAGGUUUGAAGGAGGCCCCAUGUUCCCCAAAUGUCGGACAAAUGUAUAAAAUCACUGCCCUCAGGUGGGACCCCUGCACAGCCGACACCCCCAGCAGUCCUCCUCUCUACAUGCUGUUUAUCUUCUUGGCUUGUACUGUUCUCUUCUUUGCAAUCAUUCUGUUUCAGGUUGUGCCCGGGAUUAAUAAUUCUCUCUCACCGAUAGACGCGUUUCAAUACUGAGGUGGCAUUACAUGCUAGUGAUAUAGACGGUAAGAUUUGAGACUAACUGUUGCUGAGGGCAUACUUUGGCAUCUACAAAUGUUUGGUCACAUCUGCAGUACAAUGUCUUAACUACUUACCAAACACUCUGUGAAUCACUGUUAAACCAGGUGUCCUAUGCGUGGCAUAGCCCAGAAAAAAAGCAAUUCCUAUUGACAAUUCUUAUGUUUCUAAGUAAAGAUCCAAGCUCGAAGUGGGUUUCUCCUGCAAUGUCACCUCAUUUGUGUUUAGCUGGGGCUGAGUGUGAGCAGAGAGUCCUGGGUCAGACUAGCUGUGCUGGAGAAGAGAGCUAGUUUGUGCUAGUCAACCUCUGCACUACCUCCAGAGCCCUGCUAUUAACAACCACAUUGGCGGUCACAGACUUGGACAUGAGUAAAAACCAAAAAAGGACAUUACGUCUGCUUCAUUGGGCUAGUGUGUUAAUUGCACUUCAGUCUUUAACUUCCUCUGCUCCAGUAGACUAGUAGAUGUAACAUUGCUGUGGGUGUUGAUUGGUGUAGAAGGGGGGGAAAGGGUAG